UCUGAAUUCAGUUGACGUGCCGUAGCAGGUGGGUGUCCAGAUCUCCCGCUAGAAAGUCUGCUUAGGCAUGGCGGCUCCGGCGGAGCUCCUUCUCUCCAAUCGGUGCCAUGGAGUGAGGAGCGUUAUUACGAAACUUGCCUUCUACCCGUCGAGACGAUGCCAAAGCCCGUGGCCAUUUCGAAAUUCCUACCAGCAUUGCUGAUCCCAGAAUCGGACCGGACGCUGCUUCAAGAGCUAGCGACGACACUGGUCACGCACAACCUCGAGCAGUACAACAAUCUGUGCGUCACCAAGGACGGCCGCCCAGACAGUCGACUGUGGGUCCCCACCCGCAAGGUCGAGAAGAUUCGCAUCUACCGAGAGCGACCUCAACCUACAGAGUCCCCGCCAACUAUCCCAUCGUUAUUAUUGCUGGGUUCGGUGGUCGGUAGCCUGGAGGACAUCAUGUAUGGCGUCGUAGCUCCUACAGACGAGUCGCUAAAGAUCAAGUCUUCCUGUAUUCGUGACGGCGUUGUGGACAGUAAAGUGCUCGAGGAGCUUGUAAGCCCCACCGUCGACGACCCGUUCCACCACGUGAGUCUAAAGUGGCGUCUGUAUGACGAUCGAGACUACGUGACGCUCGACACGACCGGUAUCAUGCAGACCCCGUGGGGUGAACGUGUCGGCUACAACGUAUCGCACUCGGUGGGCUUUCCCCAAUUACCGGCGUUCACGAAUCUCGGCAUUGAACGAGGAAACAUGUCGGUAUGCUCAAUCUACAGCCAGAAAGGCAACAACAGAGUCGAGUGCUACACACGUGGGUUCUUUGAAUUGCCGACAGAAAGGCAUAUCCACACUAUCCUGACACUGCAAGCUAUUGCCACUCAGUGGCUUUCGUUGUCUCGUAACAUGGAGUGUGCACACAUGAAGAAGCUCGCGUGGAGACUACGCAAAAACAGUGAUGAAUCGGACCUACCGCAGCUUGCAUUGCUGCAACCUAAGCAGAAACCUGCCGACUCGACGUGCCGAGUGUGCAGUAAGAACUUCAGCUUCCUACCGGGAAGGAAAAAGACGUGCAAGAGCUGCUACCACGCCGUAUGCUCGCGCUGUUGCGUCAAGAAGCUCGUGUGCGCCAUGGCACCGGACCAGUGCUCGAUCCUUGAAAAGAAGCGCUCGUUCUGCUCUCUCUGCAUCCACGAGGUCGUACACAGCGACGCUGUAGCAAUUGCCAGGGAUGAACUGGUGACAAUGCGCCAUGAUACCGACGGAAAAGAAUACGCCCUAUGAUUAACUAAAAAAAACAAUAAAAAGUAUUUUGCGCCA